AUGACAGACACUCAGUCAGUAAGCAAUGGUGACCGUACACCGCGAGCAAGCGGUGGCCUCAUUGGCGAGUCUUCACCCAUCCGCUAUGAGCCCAGCUCCAGCCCCGGAAGAAGUCUCGGCCAGCCAUCUGAUUUGCGGAGCGAGAGCAGUGGUCUGUUCCUUAGCUCACAGCGCUCCAGUACCGCUCGAUCCCGCCGUGGAGACAUCAACCCAGAGGGCCCUGCAAGAAUUGCUCGAGCUCCUCGCCGCAUCAUUCUCGACGAGGCCGGUAACGUCGUUAGCCAGGGGCCCGUCGACGGAUCAGACGCUGCCUCUUUCAGUAAUGUUAAUCCCAAUACUUCAGAGGCAGAUGCGAUAGGUGGUGGCAGCCAAAGCCUUGUCUGGGGUACUACAAUCUCGAUCGAGGACUCCUUCGUUGCUUUUAAGGACUUCCUGAGGAACUUCACAAAGAAGUACCGCAUGUGGGCUGAUGGCAUGUCGGAGGCCGAGACUGAGAACAACCCAGAGGCUCAGACACGUCCGUACUGGGAGGCCUUGGAGAACAUGCUUCUGCUUGGUACGAACAAGCUCUACGUUGAUUUGCGUGACCUGAAGGCAUACCCACGCACAGUCAAGUUUCAGCACCAGCUCCAGGUCUAUCCUCAGGAAAUCGUUCCCGUCAUGGAUCAGGCUGUUCAUGAUAUGAUGAUCGAGAUUGCGAGAUCUGAGAUGACCAAGCAGAGAAGCCAGAGCAGCAGCGGCCCACAGGCAUCGCAGCAAUCUACUCAGAGUUCAGAGCCAGCCUUCCCGAGCUCCGAGAGGGGCGAGGAGCCAUCAACGCCUCGACCUCAGCGCGACCAGGAGCCGAAUUUGGAGGACCAAGUCAGCGACACAGUCUACCUUGUGAGGCCAUACGGCCUCGACAAGACUAUCAACCUGCGUGAAUUGAAUCCUUCUGAUAUGGACAAGUUGAUCUCCAUCAAGGGUCUUGUCAUUCGAACUACUCCUGUCAUCCCUGACAUGAAGGAUGCGUUCUUCAAAUGUAGUGUGUGCAACCACUCUGUAAUCGUGAGCUUGGAUCGUGGCAAGAUUCGUGAGCCUACUGAGUGCCCUCGCCCUCGCUGCGCCUCCAAGAACUCGAUGCAAAUCGUCCACAAUCGCUGCACCUUCGAGGACAAGCAAGUCAUUAAGCUGCAGGAAACCCCUGAUGCAGUGCCUGCAGGACAGACGCCACACUCAGUCACAGUCUGCGUCUACAAUGAGCUUGUCGACUUCUGCAAGGCCGGUGACCGAGUUCAGAUGACUGGUGUUUUCCGUGUCAGCCCUGUCCGCGUUAACCCGCGCCAGAGAACCAUUAAGAGCAUCUACAAGACAUACGUCGAUGUUGUCCAUGUUCAGAAGGUCGAUAGCAAGAGAAUGGGUGCUGAUGACACCACCCUUGACAUUGACGAGGAAAUGGAGGUCCAAACCAAGGGUACUAUCCUCGAAGAGACCCGUCACGUAUCCCCUGAAGAGGAAGAGAAGAUCAAGGAGACAGCUCAGCGUGCUGACAUUUACGAGCUUCUUUCUCGAUCGCUUGCACCUUCAGUGUACGAGAUGGACGACGUCAAGAAGGGUAUUCUACUUCAAUUGUUCGGCGGCACAAACAAAUCCUUCCAGAAGGGUGGUAGCCCUAAGUACCGCGGCGACAUCAAUGUUCUGUUAUGUGGUGAUCCCUCGACAUCCAAAUCACAGAUCCUGUCAUAUGUCCACCGCAUUGCACCUCGCGGUGUGUAUACAAGCGGCAAGGGCUCAUCUGCCGUCGGUUUGACCGCGUAUGUCACCAGAGAUCCAGAAACUCGCCAGCUUGUUCUUGAGUCUGGUGCUUUAGUCUUGUCAGAUGGCGGUGUCUGCUGCAUUGAUGAAUUUGACAAGAUGUCUGACUCGACUCGCUCGGUUCUUCACGAAGUCAUGGAGCAGCAGACCGUAUCUGUAGCAAAGGCGGGUAUCAUCACCACGCUUAAUGCCAGAACGAGUAUUCUGGCUUCUGCCAAUCCCAUCGGCAGUCGCUACAACCCGGACCUACCUGUUCCUCAAAAUAUCGAUUUGCCUCCGACUCUUCUGUCUCGUUUCGACUUGGUUUAUCUGAUUCUAGACCGAGUGGAUGAGAAGAUGGAUAGGCGGCUUGCGAAGCAUCUGAUGUCGAUGUACCUUGAGGAUACACCGCACUCCGCCAAGACUAAGGAGGAUAUUCUGCCCGUCGAGUUCCUGACUGCAUAUAUCUCGUACGCUCGUGCGAACAUUCACCCCACAAUUUCUCAGGAGGCAGCCACCGAGCUGGUCGAGGCAUAUGUCGACAUGCGCAGGCUAGGUCAAGAUGUGCGCGCAGCAGAGAAGCGUAUCACAGCGACGACCCGUCAGCUAGAAUCCAUGAUUCGUCUUGCUGAGGCACAUGCCAAGAUGAGACUCGCGACGACCGUCACGCGUAAUGAUGUCCAGGAGGCUGUCCGGCUCAUCAAAUCGGCGCUCAAGACAGCCGCCACCGACUCGCAGGGACGCAUCGACAUGUCUCUUCUGACUGAAGGCACCAGUGCGGCGGAGCGAAAGCGCAAGGCCGACCUCAAGGAGGCGGUCGUCAAGCUGCUCGACGAGCUGACUGCCGGUGGGCAGGCAGUCAAGUACGCCGAGGUGAGCAGACGGCUGGGCGAGGGUGCGGGUGUGCCUGUCGAGCCGGCAGAGUUUGCGGAGACGAUGCGUGCGCUCGAGAUGGAGGGCUUGAUCACAGUGAACGGCGACGGCGCUAGGAAGAGUAUCAGGCGGGUGACCGCAAUGGUCUAA